AUGGCUGCCAUCGACACUUCUAACAUCAAAAGGCUCACUCCAGAAGAGGAGGAGCAACUAAUCAAUGCGCGCUUGGGCAUGGAAGAUAGACAAAUGAUAAGAAGAGUCACAAAACAAUGGCAUCAGCACGUCAAUGCCGAGACCCGUCAUCCAGAAUCUGGUGAAAAGUUUUUACUUGAACUAGAAACAUUUGGACUUGCGUAUCGUAAAAACAACAUUAUCGUCAAAGCAGAGCAGAGACAGGUGAUUGAAUAUCAGGAGAAGAAGGCCCGGUUAGAACGAGAGGCCCUAGCUGUACUCGAGGAGAUUGAAAGGCUCAAGGUCACACUGGAGGAGAGCCAAGAGUUGAGACGCCGAAAGAUUGCCUACGACGAAAUAGCGGACAAAAUCAACGCUUACCCAACUCGUGAAGAGCAAAGCAAACAAAUAGCAACACUGGAAGCUGAGAUAGCAGCUAUCAAGGAGGAACAAGAAGUGGAACGCCGUGUCAAGCGAGAGAGACAUGAUGGCCUAACAGAACUCAAUCGCGUACUUGAUCAACUGCGAAUAGUUGGCAAGGGAGCAGAGGCUGUGGUGCUAGAUUCCGACACCCUCGUUCCAGAGCUGAUCGUUGGGGAUGUUGAAAUGUCGAGCAGCCAACCAGACGGGGAGAUGGAAGAGGGAGAAGAACGAGAGACGGCCCAGGACACGUCUAACGCUCGACCACCAACUUCCACCUUGAAUCCUCAUGCUCCAGAAUUCCAGCCUCGACACAGCACGACCUCUCUUUUACGGAGUCGCCUCAGAGGUGAUUAUGCAUCUGCUCCUGGCUCCCCUGCACCGAGCGCUCCUUCGCCUAGAAACACCCAAGAUUCGAAUAAGAACGACGAUGAUGUGGAAAUGGGCGAGGUUCGUGAAGGCCCAUUCACAGUCAAGGCCAAUGGAACUAGUUCGCAUCGCCUUGUGGCCGACGAUUUGGAGGAAGGUGAAGCAAGCGACGAUUCAAGCCUGACGCCUGGGCCCGAAGACUAG